GAGCAAUUGCGACUGAUUGCUUUGAGAGGCGCUUCUUCCGAAGAAGUUGAAGAAUUGCUGGAAGGAGAUGACGCGGCCCCUGCUGGUGACUUCCUCGAUGAGAUUGUUCAAAUGGAAGGCGUACAGGGGGAACAUGUCUACGAUAAACGAGUACAGCAAAGUGUUCGUCUUCUGGACAAAAUCAUGCUGCAGCUUUCUAAGAAGUCUGACCACCACCGAGCAUUCAGUAAAAAGCUGCUCACUCUGUUUGAAACUUCACCGUUAGCUUCGGAAGCCAGAGAUGAUGCCUUCCAGGCCGUGUUGGCUGAGAACGAACGACUGACAGAGGAAAAUAGUCGCUUGCAAAGGGAAGCGAAUCGAGCCCAGCAGAAGUAUUCACGAUCCAGUCUAAAGUUAAAAGAAUGCGAAGAUCAAAUGGCUAUGCUGACGACCCGCAACGAGGAGCUAGAAAGAGAACUGGAAGAAGCCAAGUUUGAUCUCGACAAAGCUCAACGGCAAGCAAACAAGCUUGACUAUAAACUGUAUACCCUGGCAAAAGUGAGUAACUCUCAAUUAUCUAAAGUCUUUCCACUUUGA